ACACUGCAGUUUUAAUCCAGAAUAUCUCACGGUUUUAUUGUUUCUUCCACGAAAUGAUUACAUAAAAUGAAAUCAGCUUUGCAAUCUGCACCGGCUUUGAAAUGAAGGGCAAAAUCUGGCUGGGGGUGAGGAGAAAGAAGGUGGAAAGAGAAUAAGGUACGGAGACUGUGAGGCAGAGAACGCAAGAAAGGUGGUGAAAAGAGAGUACAAGAAUUUUCGGGAGCUGAGUGUAUUUUUCUUCCCCACGUUAUAGAUGCUGUCCGUUUUCCCCCAGCCUGUGUCCAGCAGGCCAGAGUGGACCCCUCCUAUGGGCUAAAAUACUCUCGGUCUUCGGCCCAGCCCAGAGCUGCACCAACCAGGGCCUGCCUCUGCCCCCCCCCCCCCCCCCCCACCAGGUGACAGGUGGGGCCGCCGAGCGGCCACCAGACCUCCGCCUCCUCGCGUUGCCUGCCGGGAGCCGGAGCCGCUUCCGGUUGCGCCCUGUCCCUGAACUUCGACUCCCGUCGGCCCCCGGGAAAAACGCAGCGGGGUAGCGCGGGCGCUGCCGGAACUUGUAGUUCCACCUCCCGCCGCGCUAAAUAGCCGGAAACGGGGGCGGCCAGAACAGAGAACUACCGAGGCGAAGCACCUGUGGAAUCCUCUCAAGAGGAACAGUCAUUGUGUGAAGGUUCAAAUUCAGCUGUUAGCAUGGAACUUUCAGAACCUAUUGUAGAAAAUGGAGAGACAGAAAUGUCUCCAGAAGAAUCAUGGGAGCACAAAGAAGAAAUAAGUGAAGCAGAGCCAGGGGGUGGUUCCUUGGGAGAUGGAAGGCCGCCAGAGGAAAGUGCCCAUGAAAUGAUGGAGGAGGAAGAGGAAAUCCCAAAACCUAAGUCUGUGGUUGCACCGCCAGGUGCUCCUAAGAAAGAGCAUGUAAAUGUAGUAUUCAUUGGGCACGUAGAUGCUGGCAAGUCAACCAUUGGAGGACAAAUAAUGUAUUUGACUGGAAUGGUUGAUAAAAGGACGCUUGAAAAGUAUGAAAGAGAAGCUAAAGAGAAAAACAGAGAAACUUGGUACUUGUCUUGGGCCUUAGACACAAAUCAGGAAGAACGAGACAAGGGUAAAACAGUAGAAGUGGGUCGUGCCUAUUUUGAAACCGAAAAGAAGCAUUUCACAAUUCUAGAUGCCCCUGGCCACAAGAGUUUUGUCCCAAAUAUGAUUGGUGGUGCCUCUCAAGCUGAUUUGGCUGUGCUGGUAAUCUCAGCCAGGAAAGGAGAGUUUGAAACUGGAUUUGAAAAAGGAGGACAGACAAGAGAACAUGCAAUGUUGGCAAAGACAGCAGGUGUAAAACACCUAAUUGUGCUAAUUAAUAAGAUGGAUGAUCCAACAGUAAAUUGGAGCAAUGAGAGAUAUGAAGAAUGUAAGGAGAAACUAGUGCCAUUUUUGAAAAAAGUUGGCUUCAAUCCCAAAAAGGACAUUCACUUUAUGCCCUGCUCAGGACUUACUGGAGCAAAUCUCAAAGAGCAGUCGGAUUUCUGUCCUUGGUACAUUGGAUUACCGUUUAUUCCAUAUCUGGAUAAUUUGCCAAACUUCAAUAGAUCAGUUGAUGGACCAAUCAGGCUGCCAAUUGUGGAUAAGUACAAGGAUAUGGGCACUGUGGUCCUGGGAAAGCUGGAAUCAGGAUCUAUUUGUAAAGGCCAGCAGCUUGUGAUGAUGCCAAACAAGCACAACGUGGAAGUUCUUGGAAUACUUUCCGAUGAUGUAGAGACUGAUACCGUAGCCCCAGGUGAAAACCUCAAAAUCAGACUGAAAGGAAUUGAAGAAGAGGAGAUUCUUCCAGGGUUUAUACUUUGUGAUCCUAAUAAUCUUUGUCAUUCUGGACGCACAUUUGAUGCCCAGAUAGUGAUUAUAGAGCACAAAUCCAUCAUCUGCCCAGGCUAUAAUGCGGUGCUGCAUAUUCAUACCUGUAUUGAGGAGGUCGAAAUAACAGCCUUAAUCUGCUUGGUAGACAAAAAAUCAGGAGAAAAAAGUAAGACCCGACCCCGUUUUGUGAAACAAGAUCAAGUAUGCAUUGCUCGCUUAAGGACAGCAGGAACCAUCUGCCUUGAGACCUUUAAAGACUUCCCUCAGAUGGGUCGUUUCACCUUAAGAGAUGAGGGUAAGACCAUUGCAAUUGGAAAAGUUCUGAAACUGGUUCCAGAGAAAGACUAAGCAUUUUCUUGAUGACCCUGCACAAUACUGUGAGGAAAAUUGACUGCAGAAGCCUACUUCACACCGCCUUCUCUUAUUUUCUGCCCAUUGAUAAACCUCUCCCCAUAUUUUGCAAAGAGGAAAUUCACAGCAAAAGUCCACAUUAUGUCAGCUUUCUCAUAUUGAGAGCUCUGCUAUGCCACUGUUGAAUUUUUCCCAAGAUUCCUGUCCCUAGCCCUCACUUCAAACUCUGCUUCCUUGGACAGAUUUGGCAAUAGCUUUGUAAGUGAUGUGGACAUAAUUGCCUACAAUAAUGAAAACCUACAGGAAUUUUUUUAUUUUUCAUUUUCCCCUUAGGCAUAUUUAGUAUUUUUCCCCCAGGCAGAUCAUUCUGAGUGUGCGAGUGUGUGUGCACAUGUUACAAAGGCAACUACCAUGUUAAUAAAAUAUUCAAUUUGAAA